GGUAGACCCUAGUGAACCUUUGGGAAAAACCAACAAAAACACUAUGGAUUUUACUCUUACGUUCAAAGUAAGCCGCCUGUUCUCUUUGUCUCCGGAGAAUUAAUAGGAAUCUUGCGACACGAUUUCCCACUGGUCUAAUUUAUCGAACCAAACCGUCCAGGUCCCGGAAUUGUCGCAAAGGGGAUACUCGCAAAAAAGUCAUAACUCCAUGGCCAUUUUACCUUUGUCUAAGUGCAAUCACCGAUGGGAGAAAAUGGACCAAAUAUCCUUUGUAUGCGGUCGGCCCACGACCCACGACAACCAGCUAAUUUAUUUCCUAUGUCUGUUCACGAUCAACUGAAAUCAAGGGGAAGGACAGCCAAAUCCGUUGGAUUCCUAGGUCCACGUGUACGACCUUAACUCUCCAGGAGUUGUCAUAUGACACUAGGGUUCCAUUCUGUUGACUGGUGUCAUUCGACCUAAGUCAUCGCUCAUGGGUGUUUUUCUUGAGAAGUCAUUCGUGUUGGUGUAGAAUUACGGCGCUCUGAAAACAUGACACGGGAUUACGUUACCAAUCAAGCUAAUUGCUUUGCGAAGCUGCCGACUGAACUGUCGCACACUCCAAGGCGCGCAUCGCUCAGCCGGAUGUGUAUACAAAUGACUACGAAAUAAGAGCUACAACUACUGGUUUCUUUACGGUUCUACAUACAAUUCAUAAUCUUGAUGAGGUUGUUAUUUACCCCAGAUUAAGAAAGAAGUCCCACUCAUGAUGAAUGACACCCCAAGACGGAAGAAGCUUGCUGCGCAGAAGAGUCAUACGAUCUGCUAUUAUUCAUCGCCUUCCUAGGCUCCCCAGCUGUGAGAGCUAAAUACUCGUGCCAAGAAAUGGAUUUGUCUUGUUUUUUGGCGAAUAGCAAUUGAAAUGCUACUAGAUGGCUCUGUUCUUCAGGUCCCACUGUACGCGUUCCGAAUCAAACGGGCUCCGCAUUUGGAGAUAGACUGGUGAAUCGGCUGCAAACCACGUCAGUUGCAAACGUGCCACCAUCACGCUCAUUGCUGGCUCUUCUUUGGUGUGGUGCGGUACUGGAUGGCAUCUCGUGGACUAGGUGCAUCCGCCACCAUUAACACUUCUUCCAUCAUUUACCCAUGUGUUUCACCAUGUCUUCGGCCAUCUCACUCAUUAUCUUCUUCCUGACCAUUACAGGUAGUGUUCCAGUAAUUUCUGGGAGCGUGAGCAGCGUGACAGAUUCGGGACCAAUGCUGCAGAUUGUUGAAAUGCGUGUACCGGCCGUGGUGGAAGACGGUUCGGCAACGUCUGUCGUCCUCGACUGCGAUUACGUUUUGCGUUCGGCCGAUAAGAAAUCGGAACUGGUCGUCCAGUGGUAUUUCCAGAACGGCUCCAGCCCCGUCUACCAGUGGAUACCGGGCAAACGGCCGCAGGAUCUCGGCGUCCUCAAAGGCCGUCUCAAUCUCGAGUACCGCGCUUCUAACGAUCCCUACAAGCGGCACAGGGCCCUGGAGAUCCUCAAACCAACCUACGAGCUCAGCGGCGUCUACCGAUGCAAAGUGGCCACGGUCGAAGAAGAAGCCGUUGCGGCCAGGACGAUGAUCGUUUACACUCCUGCUCGCAAUUUGGAAAUAUGGCAUCAGAAAAUGUCGUUUGACGCUGUCAACGUGACGUGCAGAGUCGAAGGUAUUUCGCCCAGGCCUCGGCUUCAGCUCUAUCGCGGUGAUCGUCCUGGAGUGGAGAUGGAAGGGAUGCCAGCCGAAGUGGUGAAUCGACGAGGGCUCUACGACGUGACACUCUAUCGGGUCGUACACGACCGUUCUCUCCGCCAAGAGACCAUCUUCGAGUGCGUGUUGUCCAUUCCAGCCACGCAGUAUCAAAUCGCCCGCCGACUCAUCUACUACCCAGGUCCAGCGCCCAUCCGGAGCAGCAGCAGCAGCAGCAGCAGUAUGAGUUCAGGACAAACAGCCAGUCGGAAUGCUUACUAUCUCGACGCAUCCAGCGUCUGGAUGAAUGGUAGGCUACUACUUUUCCUUGUACUUGUCCAUGCGUCUUCUGUCGGGAUCCUCGUCGUCUAGCAGCUUCAUUACCAUGACACAAGCAACCCAAACGAAAAAAAAAAAAGAAGAAAGAAAAAGCUCUUUUUCUGUACGCGCUCGCGUUGUGCAAGAAACGGCCGAAUAUCCGCGCUAGCACCGGAUAAAAACAGGAAGGAAAGAAGAAUAUAUAUAUAUAUAUAUAUAUAAAAGAGAAGAAGUAGAGAAAAAACCGGAUAGAUCGUGUUAAUCCUUUCUGGGCGUGUUUCCUUUCUCCUUCUAUUAUCUUCCUUUUUUUUUUUUUUUCUCUCUUUCUUUCUUUCUUUUUUUCUGCGAUGUGUACACAACCGAAUGAUGUAUGGAAGAGUAGCGAAGAAAGAAAAAAUUCAUCACACGACACGGAUUACGGGCCAAUGUCGCUGACUAAGGACAAGGGAUUAAUUCGUAGUGACAUGGUGUACAUAUAAUUGAAGUGUGUCGAUCGCAGGUCGGUAUUAUGUUUUGUAACACAGUUGUCUCAUCUUUUUGCUCGCGAAACAACAAAAACCAUCCGGCUAUCUGUAAAACAGUUGGAAGGAAAUUAUUCUUCUAAUGUGUGUGUGUAAAAUUUGUAAAUGCGUGUAUUGAGCGUGAGAUAGGCAUUGGGGAGGGACGAAGUGUGUAGGUCUUUUUUACGGCUGUUUUUUUUUUUUUUUUUUUUUUUUUUUGGGGGGGGGGCCAUCCAUUUUCGCCCGGCGCGAAUCUCCCACCUCUCGUCAUACUUCCGUUAUCGGUCCCGAUCGCAUCCCUCUCGUCGAGUUGCAAUCUCCUCUUUUGUGUAACCAUUCAAAAACUACUUCCGCCUGAUUUCACUACCAAUCUUAGUUUUUUUUUUCUUUUUUUUUUUUUUUUUUUUUUUUAAAUAUCUGCCCGUUUGUUCUAGUCAUCACCGUCUUCCUUCGUUUUUCAUUCUUUCCUUUUUUUUUUUCGAAAAGAAAAUAUAAUUUUUUGUUUUCUUUUUUGUUUCCCGCCGCUAAUUUUAUUAAUGCGUUAAUUCGGUAUGGUGUCAAAUCAUCGUGAGCAAAAAAAAAAAAAAAAGACAAAACCACUACCGUCUUUCUCUCUUGCCGCCCCACGAGAGUUUGCAACACGCACGCUAAGUAAUGUACGCAUCUUAUUUUAAUGAAAAGGAAACCAUGGCACCGUGAAUAUGGCAAUAAUAAUAAAUGAAAAAAAAAAAAAAAAAAAAAAAUGCGGGAGAAGACGAAGGGAGAUGCACAUAAGUAGUUACCGGGGUGGAAAAUUUUUUAAGUACGAGAGAGAGAGAGAUGAGUCGUUGUAUAUCUUAUGUGUUCAUCUAUCGCUCUUAGUUUAAAUCUGAGAGAAGAAAUGUGGACCGGAAAGAACAUGUUUUUUUUUUUGUUUUUUUAUGCUCCCACCAUUGAAUGUCAACCCUCUGCUAUUUGGCUGUGUGUGUGUGUGUGUCACUCAUCCAUCCGUGUUUUCAUCCAUUUAUUCUCGUCAUUUUAUAAAGAAUGUAAUUUGAUGGUGGGACGGGAUGACGUUGGGAUUUAUUGAUAACGCAUGACGCAACACAUUUGGUAGCCCCGAUUCUCUUGUUCGUGAAGAAAAUGACACUUUACAAAAGAAAAUUCACGCUGUCAGGGGGGAGGGGGGGAGAGCGGGAAAUGUCCAAACGAUUUGGCCGGACUGAAAAUGUACUCGUUAUUGCAAGUCCCGCCCUCUCCCGUCGAUUAAACGCGAUAUGUAUGCGUCGGCAGUUUGGGCGCUGGCGUUCUCGUAAUCGUUUUAAGGAUGGCUUUCCUUAAGUGUGGGUGUGUUUGUACAUUUUGAACGAAGAAUGUUGACAAGACCAUGUUGAACAAGAAUUUCUUU